GUCAGUAGCGCACUGACUUUGUGAAGUUGGGGUUUACGCCUCCUCCUCCUCUCAGUCUUCACUAGAUUAACGAAAUACUGGAAAGUAGAGAGUUAUGAGGCUGAGUAAGUGAGGCAGGACAAUCCAAGGUGAUUAUGAUCCCGUGGACACCAGAGGCCGCUAAUGUACGUCCUUACAGCAAGGGACGCUCGUGUACAGGAGUAAGGCAAGCAGAAUGCCACCAUUCACCCCUUUUCAAAAUCAUGGAAUUAAAUAGGAAGACGUCAUAGUAAACAGUGCUUACAAAUGUAUAAAAAGCUAAUUGUGGAUUAUAGGAUUUCUGAGGUAAAAUGUAUUUAAAGUGGUUACUCCCCGCGAAGAAGCUUUCGACUUCAUGGUGGAGUGUGCAAGAAUGAGAGAGAUCAUUCUGAGAGAGUGAGAACCUCGUGGCAAAUGCUGGGAGGAGGAAAGUAAUGUUAGCCCAGAGUGCUACCGCUGCUCUGUACCUGCAGACGAGGACAAGACGGCAGGAGCGACUGGCACGCCAGAACAACAAUACCCACAAUGUCAAAAACCGUAACUCCAAAAACAUCGAAGUCUGUUGGCAUUACUCUGCUCAGACACAGAAAACAUACCAUAAUACUGAUACUACAUCGUAUUACAACAUUAAGGAGACAUUUCUCAAGUGGCAUCAGUCUAUUAGUAGGCAAGGAUCCCCGCAGACAAGCGAUCCUAGCGGGUUUCAGGAGUCCAGUAACCUUCCCGAGCUUCACCCGAAGAGCAGUCUUCAAGAGCUGCGGCAGCCUUGCAGUCUACACAAGUCCCAGCAGCCCUGUAACCUUAAAGAGCCACAGCAGCUCGAUAGCCUUCACGAGUCCCAACAGUCCAGUAACUUUCAACAGUGCCUCCAGCUCAGUAGCCAGCGUGUGUUGCCGCCAAGUUGUAUCCAAGCGUCCCAGCGGCCCUGUAUUAUCCAUGAGUCCCAGCAGGCAAGUGUAACGUAUGUGUCUCAAGAGUCAAGUGUCCCUUAUGUAUCCCAGGAACCAGGCGUCUCAUUCCUGACUCAACUGACCAGUAGGCCUCAGUUAUCGCAAGUGAAUUCUAAGCUUACAGCUUGGAGCGAACGAUGUUGGAAAGCUGAAAGUUGGAAAUUAAACAACUGGAAAUCUCUUGAAUGGAUAAAAUCUAAAACCUUGACGACUGAGUGGCUCAGAGAUAACGAUAUAGGGGAUUUAUUAAAGAAAUCCAAAGACUGGGGAAGUGAGUGGCUGGAGUGUGAGUGGGAGAAAGCUAAAAAUCUGGAAAUGCCAAGAGUACCCAUAGGAGACUGGAUGGGUUUAAGCGACAAGAUCCAGGAAGGAAUUGAGAUGAAGCCAAUAACAUAUGCACGAGUGCAAAGGCGGUGCGUGCCAGCCGUGGUUGUGUACGACAGUGGCGUGUGCACAAAAGAGGAGGAUGACCCCGCCAACGCUGUCCUCUACUUCCGCCCACGCCACACGCCCACCACCGCCCGCACCUCCCUGGCCGGCCAGCUGGCGGGCGUGGUCCACUUCUGCCGCCACGCCUUCGCCACGCCCACCAUCGUCAGGACCAGACACGCCCACAUAGCCCUCAAGGACUACGGGCGCUUUGUUGUGAUGGUGUGUGGGCGUGGCGGGGAGUGGGCGCGGGCUCGACUCCUGGAGGUGACGAGACUCUUGGACGCCUCGACGGGCGGCCUACCUCACCUGUGGCUGACCUGCGGAUACGACCACCAGGUUUUCACAGACAGGCUGACGGAGCUCCUGGACGCCUUGCUUCCUCAAGCUCUGCCUGACGCUGAUUUCGGGGAGGACCAACCACUAGGGUCGUCAUGCAGCACCUCCCCCAGCACCCCAUCUCCCGCCACCGAGGCUUCUGAGGGAGGCGGCGUCCCUGUCGAAGGCGGAGGCUCCAGCCGGAAGGAAGAGGAGGAUGAAGAGGGAGAAGAGGAAGCAUUUAAACUCCUGCACAGGAUUUUCAACGCCGUUCCCUCUGUACAGCUGCCCAAGAGUGGAGGCGGCGUCUUCCUGAGGGCGCAGCAGCUGGUGGAGGUGUGCCAGCAGCAGCCAGGGGUCCUGGCUGGUGCCACCAUGCACAAAGACAGGGUACUCAACUCUCAGAUGAACAGCGACCUGGCACACGUCUUGGCCUCCAUUCCACUGCACAAACAGAAGAGUGGAGUGUUGGAGGAGCGUGAGGUUGAGUACCAACUGCCUGGUGGAGUACAGUUACUCAAGCUGCACGUACCCAAGGAAACUCAUUCUACCCUGCGUGCCCAUCUACCCAAGUCAAUGCCUCGCCGGGGAGAGCGUGGACUACACAGUGAAGCAGCCUCCAUGGACCUGGCAUCCCUCCGCUCCGUCCUCCUAUCCCGCCAGUCCCUCCAUACCUACCCUUCCACCCUGCCCACCACCCAGGAGACCUCCCUGGAGAGGUGCUCCAGUCCCCAGGAAUCACAGAAGUUCAGACAGAACGCUCCUAGAGGACCGAGUCUGAUGGCGAGGAUAAGUGGGUGUAGUGACCUGGAGGGCCGUCCCUCACAGAGCUUACCUGGCUCUCCCAGGAAGAUCCGUGUGGCAGCUACUCUGCCAGAUGUGGGGGGUAACUCGCCUGACCUCCGCUACAAGGUGCUGACGGGUCGCAAGCCCAGACCCCCUGCCUCCUCACAUUCCACUCCUCGCAGGAUGCCUGGUGGUAGGAAUGGUUUAUCUCGAAACAACGAUGCCAAUAAUGGGUUGAACAUGGCCUCUAAACGAGGGUAUGGGAUGGGCGUUCCAGGCCAACCCCGCUACAACGUGGAUAAGAGAAAUACUCCAAACAAUAAGUUGCUUAAUAACUCAAGUGAUGUUGCCAAACCUAUCCUCAAGAAUGGUACUGUGACUCUGUAUGAUUCUGAAAAGAGUGAAAGUGGUUUCGAGGAUGGAGUUCAGUCUGACAGUGAGCUUAACAUUAAAAACACGAAAAAUAAACUGAAUUUGCAGUUCGCACCUGACAAGAUCAAUAGACCGAGUCACGAGAUAGAAUUGGAUGGGUUGAGUAAUGAUGAACCAAAAAUUACUCGAGAAAUCAAUGGUAACCUUUCUAAAGACUAUGAUUCGAAUGGUAAAGAUAGUCCAAAUGGUAAUCUUACCACCUUGAAGUCACAAAUGAUGGAUUUCAAAGAUGAAUCUGACACAUCCAGAAGUGAGGAGUCGGACAUUAGUGUGCUAGACCUGAGUACUUUUAUAGAAACCAAAGAAAAUGGGGAUCGGCAGCUGGCCGAGGCUGUGAGAGGCUUGAUGGAACUGACCACUAGGGAUGAUGACCAGGACAACACAAUGCAGGGCCAGUCCAUUGACAAUCACCUGAUGGAGUCUGGUCAACAUGAUGGUCGAGGGUCGGCUGAGGGCUGGGAGCUGCUGACACUGUACACUCAGAAACACUCAGACACAGUACUACACUUGUUGCUUUCUCCUGCAGCACCUAAAACGCCACAGCUCAUCUACUCUCUCUGGCGGCUGGGACUGUCGGGUCUAGAGGACGUGCAAGCAGCAAUAGAGCGAGCGAUGGAGGUGUCUGAAGGAGGCGACGGUGGUGACUCCUUCCUACAGUGGUCAUACAGCGUCCUCUCUGCAGUCACCCCCUCUGCACUAGAUAUGAAACUUGUUGCCACGGCUCACCAGGACUUCAAGCACCACCAAGGCCUCAUGGAGGUCACCUUACGGAGUGGAGAGGCAGUAUUGUGGGGUCAUCGACACAGCAACACGCAGACUUUCUACCAGGUGAAUGCUGCUCCCCGCCCAGGACUACCCAUACCCUCAGAUAUCAUGGCCAAGGUGCCCCACCGUGCCCGCCGCCGCCUUGACCGAGACCACAACAUUACUCUUCUGUAGGCAUACUGCAAUGCCUGCCCGGAAGGAGCCUUUUUACAGCCAUUCACAGCAAGACUCAUUCCUCUGCUGUCGAGUAACCCCAUUUUGCACUUCCUGAAUGCCAAAGACAUUCUUUUCCACAUUCCAAUAGUGACCAACGUUAGCUUUUCGUAUGUGAUACAAGUCGGAAAUUGCUAGCCUUUGAUAUAUUUCAAUACAAUUUCUAAUGAGCUUGUAUAUCAUUGAGUCAUCUCUUCCGUAGCUCGUUCUUGCUUCUCUUCAAGACUGCAGCAGGAAGUGGGUGCCUGUCUUCAGCAGCUGACAAAAAUUGGUAAUGCCACAGGUGUUGGGAUGCAAGCCAUGAGCUUUUCUUGCCUUGGGCAGAAUAAAAAUAUAAAGAGUUCAACCCGUCCUUCAUGACAGUCAACGACCAAUCCAAAUGUUAACACCACCUAAGUCGCAAAAAGACACUCUGGAAAGUGUCAACAACAUGACUGAAUCUUUCCCUUGACCACCACCACCAUCAACACUGCCUAAUGUUUGACUUCCCAGAUGGACAACAGCAACAACACCAGCUGCAGCUACAUAAAUCUCAUAGUCCAGAAAGUACACUUGCUGGAAACUCAUGGCAACAGAGCUCACUAAUAUUUGUAAACCUUGCUUUCAGCAUGUAUUUGGCUAUGUUGCUACUGCUGUUGACACCUGGUCCAGGCAGAGCUGGGUUUGAUCUGUCACCUGGACACUGGGUAUACGAUGAUGAUUUGUCUGAAGUACUAACUAGAGUCGAGUUUCAUUAUUAGUGAUUCUAGUACGUAUUUAGGUCCAGGAUGUGUUAUUUCUGCUAGGCUUUCAUGUGUUUCUAUAUUUCAAGCAGUUUAAUUGUACAGUUGUUUAUUAGAAUAUUAUUACAUAUUUAUUAUUCAGUAUUGUACAGCAGUAUUUGGAUAUGUGUUGCUUUAUUGAUAUUUAUGGUGUUUUCUGUUUAAUAUUACUGAAGUAAAUGUAGAUUACAUUUUACUUAAAAUACUCUAAUAUAUAUAAAUAGAUCUAUAUUCUAAAUGGUGGAUUGGCGGGGAAAAAGAUGUGCAAACUGUCAAAAGCAUUUGAUAAAAUCUUGUGUAGGGAGUACUUUGAAUUAAAGAUUGAACGAUGGAUAUUUACACCGAGUACUCUGGUCAACAAAAAAGCUAACCCAAAACAUUUUUGUUCCUUUUGUGAUCAGUUUUUUGCAUUCUGAUUUCCCCCUUUGCAAAGGUUAAAAGUUCAUAUGUAUGAAUAAUUUACGUAAAAUCAUGUUUUGUAUACAGGCUGAUGUGUCCUGAAGUUACCCUAGACAAAUUGUUUUGAUUACAUUAGAUGAAUUCAGUGGAUUGGUGGACAAGGUUGAGGAUGCAAGAGGUGCUCAGAAAUGCAGUCAAUUCUUUGUUUGCUUCACGGAGCUUUCCAUUACAUUUAGACUCCAUUUUCAAAUGUAUUUCUU